AUGGAAGCAAAGGAAAACUGCAAAUCGUCUGCAGCAUAUCCAAUGAACAGUGGAGAUGGCCCCUACAGCUAUGCCAAGACCUCCACUUUUCAGAAAACGGUCAUACAUUUUACCAAAGAACUUGUGCAAAAGGAAGUUGUGGAAAAGCUUGACAUAGGAUUCAGCAGUACGGCCAGUCCUCCAACAAUCUUUUCCAUUGCAGAUUUAGGUUGUUCUGUCGGGCCAAAUACAUUCAGUGCUGUGGAAAGCAUCAUCGAAGCUGUGGAGUUGAAGCUCCAAUCCCAAGGCCUCACUUCAAAAAUACCAGAAUUCCAAGUUUUAUUCAACGACCAUGCCUCAAACGAUUUCAACAUGCUCUUCAAGUCCCUUCCUUCAAACCGAAGAUAUUAUGCUGCCGGAGUUCCAGGUUCUUUCUAUGGCCGACUAUUCCCUGAGGCUUCUCUUCACUUUAUUCAUUCUUCUUUCGCCCUCCAUUGGCUUUCUCGAGUGCCAAAAGCAGUAACGGACAAAAGCUCUCCUGCUUGGAACAAAGGGCGAGUUUAUUACUCGAAUUCUAGAGAUGAAGUAAUUGAGGCUUAUAAAGCUCAAUAUCAAAAGGACAUGGAAGAUUUCUUGCAAGCCAGAGCAAAAGAAGUUGUUUGUGGCGGAUUUAUGGUUUUUAUCAUUAUGGGAAUAGCCAAUGGAAUUCAUCCUUCUGAAGCUGGGGUAAAUACGUGUUUUGACCUUAUAGGGUCUUGCCUAAUAGACAUGGUUAAUAAGGGAAUAGUUAGUGAGGAGACAGUGGACUCCUUCAACAUACCGAUUUACAUGACGACUCCUCAUGAAUUCGAAACUGCUGUGAAACGAAACGGGUGUUUUAGCGUAGAGAGAAUGGAAGUUCUUCCUCAUGAAAAGGUAAAUGGUGUUGCUAAUAACGACCACCAGAUCAUUACAUACCCUAUGAGAUCUGCUCUCACUGGACUAAUCAAGCAGGAAAUUGGAGAAGAGAUUGUGGACGAGCUCUUUGACUUGUAUCUUAAGAAAGUCGAAGAGGUAUAUCUAAGCUCUAUCCUUGAUUCAGGGAAAUCAUUGAGCUUCCUUGUUGUGCUUAAACGCAAAGCCUCGCAUUAA